GCUGCGCAUGCGCAGUUCCACUUUUCGCAAAUGCCGAUGUGGCCGCGACGUUAAACUUUUAUUUCGCCUCAAGGUUUUUAACAACACGCCGUCGCUAUGAAUCUUUUUAUUCUGGUUUUCUUCAUCGUCUGCUGCUCUGUCACGGCAGGAGAAGACGAGAGACUACCGAAUAAAUGCGAAGUGUGUAAGUUCUUAACGGUGGAGCUGCAGGACGCGCUGGAGAAAACGAGUCGCUCCAAGGAAGUUCUGGAGGUCGGAGAGGUGCUGGACACGGGCAGGAGAAGAAGGAAGAUCAAGUACAACACGUCGGAAACGCGGCUGACCGAGGCGGUGGACGACAUAUGUGAACGCGUCCUGCAGUACAACGUGCACGCGGAGAGGCCCGGCAGCCUCCGGUACGCAAAGGGUACCAGUCAGACGAUGGAGACUCUGAAGAACCUGGUCCACAAAGGAGUGAAAGUGGACCUGGGUCUGCCGUACGAGCUGUGGGACGAACCCUCCGUGGAGGUGUCAGACAUGAAGAAACAGUGCGAGACCAUGCUGGAGCAGCAUGAGGAGGUGGUCGAGGACUGGUACUUCCAUCAUCAGGACCAGAGGCUGGAGGACUUCCUCUGUAGGAGCCACGUCCUCAAGGCAUCGGAGCAAGAGUGUAUGAAGGAGGCCUGGAAAGGAGACAUGGGGACCAAAGGAGGCAGGGAGGGGGACAACGGGGACACCACGCAUGACGCUGCGGAGCUGUGAGGGAGAUGCAGAGAGCAACAAGAGAACCGCAAUUUUAGCUUUUGGCUGAAAAGAAAUGAUGUAUUAUAAACACUAUUUUAGUCAACCUGCUGCCAAAUCUCGGUUUUAAGCUACAUUUCAUGUUAGUUUAGUUGAAACAUUUUAGCAACUGUUGCACCUUUUGAUUUUUGGAUUAAAGUUUUAAAGUUGAGUAUUUGUGUCCUUCUCAGUGUUGUAAUAUGUAAACGCUGUUACGUAUUUAUGCAAACAAUACGCCUUUAAAUGCAAUAUGUACAGUUUUUUUACUGUAAAUAAAAUGCCUUUUUAUAACGUG